AUGACACUCGGACAAGUAUUGUAUCGGGAUGUAUUGUCGGGCGAUGUGCUUGUUACAAAUUAUUAUAAAAUUGAAAAAGUAUUUUAUGGGAGCAUAUACAAGGUGAAAUCUCAUUUCAUGAUUAGAGAUCCUUCGUCAUUUGAUGUAUCAACAUCUCCUCCUGUGGGCGAUUCGGAUGAAUAUUAUGCCAAACAUUUAACGAACAAAGUGUUACGAUAUUCUGUUGUUGAAAAAUUUGGAUACCACGAAUGUACAUUAAAAAAGAAAGAAUUUCUCAUGAUGAUGAAUGUUUAUAUCGGAACUUUGAAGAGUAUAGUUGAGCAGUCUGGGGAUGAAGAACGAGAAAAAUCCUUCUUGAUGGGAUCAACACUUUUUGUGCAAACAAUUUUGUCCAAUUUCAGUAAUUAUAGAUUUUUCGUUGGACCAUCAAACUCACUUUCCAAAGGAAUGAUCAUUGUUCAAAACUGUUCCACUGAUUUGAUGACACCUGAAUUCUAUUAUUUUGUAGAUGGUUUGAAAGAAGAGAGUUUUCAAUCUAAGCAUGUCGAUCAAUCUGGUACCUCACCAGGAGGUUCUUCGUUAAUGUCAAUGACACUUGAACACCAUCAAGUGACAGAAAGUGAAAAAUCUGACUCGUAUGGAAGUUAUUCCAGCACUGGAUCAAUUCCUAUUGAAAAUAAUAGCAAUGAAAUGUUGUAA